UCCUUAUCACUGAGGGAGAUCUGUGUGUCGUAAUAUUGUUGGUUAACAACGAUUCGAUGACUCGGAGGCAAUCCGACUCGGACAACGUGUGCAGUCCCCCGCCUUACCAUCCUAUCUUCUCAGAGACAGAUCCUCUGAUAGGGCCUCGCAAGUCUUCUCGUCGCCAUCAAUAUGUCAUCGCUCUCUUGACUGCUGCACUUGUCAUUUUUGGAUUAGUGGCCCUCCUCAUCCCUUCCAACAACCCCUCAGAUCCUAAUGUUCGAGAUCGCAUUCGCAAGGAAUGGGACAUUGAGCUUCGCCAGCACGAGGAAGAAGUUCUCAAGCGCAUUAACACCCAAAAACGCUGGCGUCUUGAAGACAGUGACAGAAUUAACCUACGCGAACAAUGGGGAACGGAAGUGGAAGAGCACAAUCGUGAAGUGGAGGCGAGGCAGAAGCGCGACGAAGAAGCAAAGAAUCAUAUUCGUGAACAAUGGGAAAGAGAAGUGGAAGAGCACGAUAAUGAAGUGGAGGAGGGACGUAGGCAUGAAGAGCAAGAAAAAAUACGUAUCCACGAACGAUGGAGGAGAGAAGCGGAAGAGCAUGGUAAGGAAGUGGACGAGGCACGAAGGCGCGAAGAGCAAGAAAGUGUUCGUCUCCGCGAACAAUGGAGAAGAGAAGAGGAGGAGGCACGGAGGCACGAAGAGCAAGAAAAUAGUCGUCUCCGCGAACAAUGGGAAAGGGAAGUGGACGAACACAAGCGUGAAGUGGAGGAGAGACGGAGGCGCGAAGAGCAAGAAAGAAUUCAAGAAGAACGCUUGAGAUUGAAUAUGUUUUGGACCGACCCGGAGUCCCACACGUGCACAUCCUACGCCACUCGAGAGUACACUGCUCGACUGGUGAAUGUUCCAUCAAAUUACAACCGUCGCGUGGAGGCUUGCAUGGCCACACCGGUACAGAUCCACGGAAAUGAAUACACACCCAAGUGGUGCGAGGAUCAUGGUCCAAACAAUGUAAUAGGUCAUUGGGAAGUCGACCAGCAUGAGCCGGAUUGUGCAUCGUACUGGAAUUGGUACAAAGAUUUUGUUUUGAGCGAAGUUGACGGUAUGCAGCGUAUUGAACACUACCUCGAGAACAUCCCGUCGGGAGGUGAUUGGAAGGAGUUCUGUGCUACCACUCCUGCAAGCUUCCGCGGGAUGCAUUUCACGGGGGCGGAAUUCUGCUUCCAAAAGAACUACGGCACAUAUGGUCACUGGGUCUUUGCUGAUGACAGCUGCAACUAG